AUUACCAAAAUGGGAUGUGGAAACGAGUUGGCAUGGUCAUAUGUAAUCCACGUUAGGUGAUUCAUAGAGGAUUUAGUAAGGAGAGCAGUUGAUUUUCAGAGCUCUUGCUAGCAUAAAUCCCAGGGACAACUAGUGAGUUCUUCACCGCUAAUACUAACUCAUCAAUGGCUUUCUUCACGGUUAAUCUAGGUUUCCUAAUAACGGUUUUCCUUUCGGCCACGUUCUCCAGAGCUCAUCCUGGUCUUGGGUUUGGCUGGGGUGGAGGAAGCGGAACUGGUGGGCAUGGCCAAUUUGGUGGCGGAGCAGUUGGUCUUUUUCCUCAGUUCUAUCAGUUCUCUUGCCCUCAAGUCAAUGACAUUGUGAUGUCAGUGCUGGAGAAGGCCAUUGCAAGAGAUCCUAGGAUGGCUGCGUCUUUGCUCCGGCUUCACUUCCACGACUGCUUUGUCCAGGGUUGUGACGCAUCUGUGUUGUUGGACGACAGUGCAACAAUAGUCUCAGAAAAGAAGUCAGGACCGAACCUGAACUCUCUUAGAGGAUUCGAAGUUAUAGACGAAAUCAAGGCUAAAUUGGAAGAACAAUGCCCUCAAACUGUGUCUUGUGCUGACAUUGUUGCCCUGGCUGCUCGCGGCUCCACUGUCCUGAGCGGGGGACCAUCCUGGGAGCUUCCCCUGGGGAGGAGAGACUCCAAAACUGCCAGCCUCACUGGGUCAAACACAAAUAUCCCCCCACCAAAUUCAACUCUACAAAACCUGAUAACAAUGUUCAAUCGUCAAGGCCUUGAUGAAGUAGACCUUGUUGCUCUCUCAGGUGGCCAUACAAUUGGGGUGGCGAGGUGUGUGACCUUCAAGCAGAGGCUAUACAACCAAAACGGAAACAACCAACCGGACGAGACACUGGAGAAGACCUACUAUCUUGGCUUGAAAUCAAUCUGUCCAAAAUCUGGAGGGGACAACAACAUUUCGCCUCUGGACUUCAGCUCCCCUGCAAGAUUUGACAAUACCUACUUCAAGCUCCUUAUAUGGGGAAGAGGACUGCUCAAUUCUGAUGAAGUGCUUUUGACAGGGAAUGUUGGGAAGACUAUGGAGCUUGUUAAGAUCUAUGCUGAGGAUGAAAAUCUGUUCUUCAAGCAGUUUGCUAAAUCCAUGAUCAAGAUGGGGAAUAUCAGUCCUCUCACUGGUUUCAGUGGUGAAAUUAGGAAUAAUUGUCAUCGAGUUAAUUAGAAGCUUACCAUGACGGAUGUUGUUAAGUGAUUCCAUAAAAUUUGUCCUUUUUAUUAUUAUUUUGUUAAGUUCGUUGAAGCUAACUAUGCUUUUCUUCGGCAACGAAUGAGUGAAUUAAUAUAUCUCUAUUGUUAAAAAUAAAUGAAUAAAAUUUAA